AUGGACAGCAGUGAUGAUGAUUUAGUACCCAUUGGAACAUCGCUCUCAUGUAGACGCAAUGCUAUACGUGGGAUAAAACAGGAGACACCACGUAUGGUCGACUCGGACUCGGACAAUAUGCCGCUCGUACAACUGAAAGAGAAAGCUUCCGGUAGUAAAAAGACGGUCAAGCACAAGGUCGAAACGAAGAAAACAAUGACUAUGAAAAAGGAGACGGGUAUAAAGAGAAAAAAAAUGAUAUCGUCGUCAUCAUCAUCUUCCUCAGUGAAAAGCAGAAAAUUAAAGGCUAAUUCUUCCGUUUCAAACGGAAAAGCUAAAGUAAAGAGUGAAAAGGGAUCAAAUGCUCGCAAACUCAAAGUACACUCGAAAAGCGAGCGGCUGGAUAUGGCCAUUAAAGCUUAUCGUUGGUGGAAUGCCGAGGAGCUACCCGAAGGUAUUCAGUGGCGUACCCUUGAGCAUAAUGGUGUCAUGUUCCCACCCCCCUACAAACCUCAUCAUGUACCAUUAGUGUAUAAUGGAAAAGAGAUUGCGCUGAAUCCGAAUCAAGAAGAAGUUGCUAGCUUUUAUGCGGCUAUUCCCAAGGACAGUCCGCAAUUGGGCAAUCCAAAGACAGCCCAGAUCUUCAACAAGAAUUUUUUUGCAGACUUUAGAAAGAUAUUAGGCAAAAAACAUGAAAUCAAGAGCUUUGACGCGUGUGACUUUUCUCGCAUUGCUGCAUACUUGGAAAAGCAGCGAGAGGAAAAGAGAAACAUGACGAAGGAAGAAAAGCUACCGGAUAAAGAAAAGCGUGAAACGGAGCUGUUUACCAAUGGUUUUGCUUUUGUAGAUGGUCAUUUAGAAAAGGUAGGCAACUUCCGUAUUGAGCCACCUGGUCUAUUUCGCGGACGUGGCGAACAUCCGAAGACUGGCACACUGAAGGAGCGCGUGAUGCCAGAGGACGUGACAGUCAAUGUAGGUAUCUCAGAUCGGGUUCCUGUUUGCAAUGUGCCGGGUCACGCUUGGAAACAAGUGAUUCACCGUGAUACUGUUUCGUGGCUUGCCUACUGGAAUGAAAACGUGAUGAGCGGCAUUAAGUACGUGUUCUUUGCAGCAAGCUCAAGUUUCAAGGGCAAGUCAGACUUGGCGAAGUAUGAUAAGGCUCGGCGAUUAAAAAAGAGCAUUGACAAAAUUCGACGGGAUUAUACGAAAGGUUUACGCGCGAAGGAUAUGUUCACUAAGCAGCGUUCAACUGCUAUGUGGGUAAUUGAUGUUCUUGCACUGCGUGUGGGAAAUGAAAAGGGCGAGGACGAAGCCGAUACAGUCGGUUGCUGUAGUCUUCGGGUGGAGCACAUGUCCUUUAGAGACGAGAACUGUGCUCUCACUUUGUCGUUCCUCGGUAAAGAUUCGAUGCCGUACAACAACACUGUUGAACUAGCGCAAUACGGUGACGUUGGCAAGCUUGUGUAUCAUAACUUACAGAAGUUUUGCGCCAAAAAGGGUAAAAAUGAGGAAGUGUUCCACGAGCUAUCGGUCACAGAGCUGAAUAAGCACUUGGGAUCACUGAUGCCUGGGCUCAGUGCCAAGGUGUUUCGUACAUUCAAUGCGUCAGUGACGCUGGAGAAAGAGCUUCCUGGGCCGUCAGGAAAAGAGCUGGAUUUACAGGGAAAAAUGGAAGUCGCGCCGAAGGUUGUGCUUUACAAUGACGCGAACCGAAAGGUAGCGAUACUGUGUAAUCACCAGCGCACAGCGCCGAAGUCGUUUGACACUACAUUGGACAAGAUGAACGCUCAGCUUGAUCAGCUAAAAGACCAGCUGAAAGACCUUAAACGAAUGCAAGCGCUGAUUUCGAAGGGCAAGUCCAGCAGUAUCAAGUUGAAGAGGGAAAAGACUGCAUCCGACAGCAAAGAGGAAGAUGCAAUUGCUAAAAAGGCCCAGGCCCACCUUUUUCAACGGGUGCCGUCGGCUGACCAGGUUGCUAAGAAGAUUGAAAACUGGAAGAAGAAAGUUAAGGCUUUGUCUCUCCGUCUUCAGGACAAGACGGACAACAAAGAAGUUGCGCUUGGCACGUCCAAGCUUAAUUACAUGGACCCGCGCAUCACGGUCGCAUGGUGCAAAAGGAACGAAGUCCCGAUAUCGGCAGUGUUCUCCAAGACGCUACGGGAAAAGUUUGUGUGGGCUAUGGACGUGGACCCUAACUGGAAGUUUUGA